AUGAGUGCACUGUCGAAAGCCUUCCCCCAUGCGGUCAAGGAGAUCCGCUUGCAUUUUUCCCCGACGGGUUCUGGUAGCGCUGGCAUCAGGAAAUUCGUGCAGGAGUAUUAUCCGGUCAUGAAGCAGCACAACCCGAAUGUGCCUAUUCUCUUGCGCGAGGCAACCAGCACUCCUGCACGCAUGUUUAUUCGACUGGAGCGCAGUGUGGACUUGAACGCGUUCGAAGUGCCUGCUAUUAAAAAAAAGUUUAGCGAAAUGCUCUCGCAGUAA